AACUAUUAAUAUUUUAAUUAACUAGAUCAAUUGUAGUGCUCCAUUUACUUUCAGGACAAGUAAAACAACAUACAAGCUCCUUCUCCUCUCUUUAGAGCCAUUAUCCAGUCACUCUAUAGCCAGGGGGACACUCUUUGCUCGUAUAUAUCACCUGGUCCUCCUCUACUGAUAGAUAAUGGCGAAGACCUAUGACUUCUUAUUCAAACUAUUACUGAUUGGGGACAGUGGAGUGGGGAAGACAUGUAUAUUAGUCAGAUUCUCGGAGGACGCCUUCAAUUCAACUUUUAUAUCAACAAUAGGAAUUGAUUUUAAAAUACGUACAGUGGACAUUGAGGGCAAGAAGAUCAAACUACAGAUAUGGGAUACAGCAGGACAAGAGAGGUUCAGGACCAUCACUACAGCUUAUUACAGAGGAGCAAUGGGUAUUAUGCUUGUUUAUGAUGUAACUAACGAGAAGUCGUUUGACAACAUAAGGAACUGGAUCAGGAAUAUUGAGGAGAAUGCAGCUGCUGAUGUGGAGAAGAUGAUCCUUGGAAACAAAUGUGAUUUAGAAGAAUCAAGAGUAGUGAGCAGAGAAAGAGGCCAGCUGCUAGCUGAGGAGCAUCAGGUCAAGUUUAUGGAGACCAGUGCCAAGUCAGGGCAGAAUGUUGAAACAGCGUUUCUAAACUUAGCAAAAGACAUUAAGAACAAAAUGGACAGGAGAAACCCUGGUGAUGACAUGGGUACCUCACAGAGUAAUGUUCAUGUGACGGCCGGAGACAGCUCAGGGUCCGGGGGCGGCUGCGCCUGCUGAGGGUUUUAAACUUUUUGCAAGAAUUUAAUUACAUGUUCGAUUAUUAUUAUUAUUAUUAUUAUUAUUAUUAUUAUUAUUAUUAUUAUUAUUAUUAUUAUUAUUAUUAUUAGUGGAAUGUUGUUUUGUCUCUUCCAGAAUCUGUAGUUUUUUCUUAAUUUUAAUUUGAAUCGUUGAGUGGAUUUUUAUGUACAGCAUAUCCAUGCACUUAAUUAAUAACAGACAAAAUAGAUGAUUAUUAUUGUAUGAUUUAUUAUUAAUUUGUUAAAGCAAUUUCUAUAGCACCUUAUUGCAA